AUGGAUGUGGAGAAACCUGCUUCCAAGGGGCAUGGUUUCUUUUCCCUCUUCGAUUGGGGAAAGAAGUCUAAGAAGCGCAUGCUCGUCGGGAGCACGAGCAGUUCUCCAAUUCUGAAGAAUGCUGGAGAUGGGAAGGAUAUUGGUGAUAGUACACCAAGUACACGGUCAAAUUCGAUCCUUGAAGACGCCCCAAGCUUGAAGGAAAGCAGUGAACAUAGCUGCUCAUCUUCAGUAAUUGAUGAAGAAGCUCAGUCAAGAAGGAGUCCUACGGUUGUUGCUAGGCUUAUGGGUUUGGAUUCUAUGCCUGCGGCAAGCUCACCUGAAUCCAAUCCCGUGCCAUUAACCGUGCAACCACCUUUGCAAACCAACAUCCAUGAGGAUUUGGUUGGCAGAAGUUAUGUUGGUAGUCCCCUUAAGAUGCCGGGUAGUCCUAUUGAUCGGUAUAAAAUGGAAGCACUGCCUCCAAGACUUGCCAAGAGGACACUAUCUGUUGCACAGUACAAGUUGUUGUCUCCCAUGAAAAACCCUAACCAUAUAUCCAGCAGGAAUGCUGCUGAUAUAAUGGAAGCAGCAUCGAGGAUCAUCAGGCCUGGAGUAGAAAAUAUCAGUUCUUACAGAGUUCAUGAUGUUGGGAGUCCAAAUGCUGCACGUGCCUACAAUCCAGGAGAGAUCAUAGGAAUCCAACAAAGGUCACAGAAGCUUAAUGAAGCAAUGAGGAAACGUGAUGGUCCUGCAUCUUUUAGGCCGCCAAGUGGAAAACCUUCAGAUGGAAGAUUGAGAGGUUCAGAGGGUGCCUUGUCUUCCAGGAUCUCACAGUCAAAUGGAUGUGCUCCAGUUGGUCCAAAGGUCAAACCCGGUAAUAGAUUAGACACUGCUCGAGCUAUGCAUGUCCAAGAAAAAGGGGGCAUGAGAAAAGGUGGUAGAAAGCUUGAAACUCGCAAGAACCCUGAAAAUAGCAUGGCUGAAAGAACUAGGUUGAACCGGCAAAAGGAUAGUAACCAAAUGGGCACAACAAGUUCGUCCAGUGUGCCUGUGCCAAACAACAGAAAACAGAAUGCUACGGGCACCAAACAUAAGGUGAAUUCAAACCCAGCAACCCCUAGUAGACAACGGAGCAAUAUUCACCAAAUAAAUGCCAAUCCCAGAAAGGUGAGGGCGGCCAGCACAUUUGCUGGAAACAGUAGUCAAGGUAGCAGAAAGGUGGACUUGCAGCCAAAUGCUCAUGCAAAUGUAAGAAAUAGUUCUAUACCCAAAGCAAUACCGAAGCCAAGAAGAUUACAAGACAGGAGAGUGUACUCUGAUACAAGCCAGUCAAGUGAUAGUAUUCAUUCUGACAGAAGCCAGAGGCGGGUUCGACACAAUAUUGUGAUUGAUGAGCAAUCAUCUUUUUCAACAAACAAAAAGAAAAUCAGCACUGAGAUUGUUUCAUUCACAUUUACCUCACCAGUUGAUAAGUCACUACAUGGCACCCACUUCCCCAAUCAUUCAUUGGAAAAACAAUUUAUGGGGAAUCUGAGCGCUGUGUCAACUUCAAGCAAUACAUCAAACGCUAAACUUGAUGUCAUUGAUGGUGAUUUUUUGGGACUCCUAUUGGAGCAGAAAUUGAGAGAGUUGACGUCUGGUGUGACAUCGCCCUACACUAAGCCAGCCAAAGGUGUCCAAGUGCACCACACUUCAACAGCUUUGGAAGAUAUGGCAUCAGCAUGUGAAACAUCUAGCAUUGCUUCUACUGAUUAUGAUAGGGAGUCAUUACAGUCUUUCAGUGAUGGAAAAGCUACUCUCCCCCAGACAGAUCUUUCUACUAGAAGUGUCCAGUCAUCUCAGCCUGUGAAGUAUGAUCAUGAUGUCACGGAUCGAGCAGAGGUUGAGCAUCUUGGCCGAAGUCCCCUUUUCACAUGGGAAGCUUCUAUUUCAACGGAAACCUGCAGCUCAUCAGAGAGCUGGAGGAGUGCAAAUGGAACAAGAUUGUUUAGUUCAACUGAAGGAGCAACAACUUCUGACUUGACACACUUCAACAAAUUCCUAGAAGCGGAUGCCUCUUCAGAAUAUUCUGACACAGCCUCAUCAAUCACAGUGGCUACAGCAGAAAUCCCUCGAUCAGAAAGUAGCAGCUCAUGUCAUAUGGAUAAUAGACAAGAGGUGGAGUUUAUAAGAGAGAUACUGAAUGCUAGCUCUCCUGCCUGGCACAUUUUCUCUUAUUUGGAGCGGUUUGGAAAUUCAGGUAUUCUGGAUCCACAUCUGUUGGAGGAAUUAAAUGGCAAUAUUAGGUUGUUGGCUGGUGAAGAGGGCAAAGGUUAUAGACUGAGGCGGAGGCUGCUCUUUGAUUGUGUCAAUGAAUUAUUGAGUGUGAAAUGCGCUUACUACUUCAAUGCUGGCUACAGCUUAUGGUUUAUGGGGAUGGCAGUUCUGCAGAACUUGUCAGCGGAAGAAAUCCAUCGAGAGAUGACCAGCCUGAAGGUUGCCGAGGAGUGGAUGGUGGAUGAGCUUGUGUACAGGGAAAUGAGUAGUACUCUGGGGAGCUGGGUUGAUUUCAAGAUGGAAUCAUACCAAGCUGGCGGAGACAUAGCGGCGGAGUUGUUAGGUUCCUUGAUCGAUGAAGUGGUUGCUGAUCUUCUGAUUGGCUCGUCUUCGUAG